CGUUCUACUGCCGCGUCUGCUGAUAAAACUACAAUGAAAAGUAGCACGGAAGUGAAGUCAUUAAAGGUCAGAGUUCAUUUUGGGUCAACACAUGUGCGUCCUCGGUAGCCAUGCGUCUAGAGCCGUAGAAACGAGUAAAUCUAACACUUUGAGUCCUAUUUUAUUAAAGUUGAAAGAUGCCCAAAGACGUUUCUUCGUCCAGUGAAGACGAAGCGGACAGUCCGGUCUCCGGGACUGAGACCCAGGCCAAACCUCCAGAGAAGACCAUGAGGUACCAGUGUCCUGCUGACUUCGUAUCAUUCAGCCAUAAAACCUGCAGCAGCACCUUGACGAACGCUUUGAAGAAGAACCACGCUGAGUUAUGGCUCAUUAAAGCUCCCUCCAGCUUCAACCCUGAAAGGUUCCGUGGCCUUCAGGUUCCCCUCUCAGGUCUGCAGACCCUGAAGGUUCCUGCUGCUGAGGGCGGGGCCAGCACCGGGGCCGACCAUCAGAUCUACAGUGUCCUGGCGUCCACGCACGGCACCUCUGACCUCCACCUGCUCACCAAGGCCCACCCCUCCUCAGAUGCUGCAGUGUUUGGGCCCGCCUUCUCCGGCCAGUUGAACAUAUGUGAGACCUACGGCGACGCCAACGCCAACCAGAACCCCCAGGUGGUCCCCGCUACCCCCGCCCCCACCAUCCCACCGGGCCUUAAACAGAGGUUCCACCCCUUCGGCAGCAAGACCCCCAGGCUGACCUGCGUGGCGGAGAGCGAGGUGGACGGCGCCGCCUAUGGGCCGUCGUCUGCAACGCUGCGGCCCCUGGUCAUGAAGAGGUUCAUAGAAGAAACCAGAGCAGAAGAAGAGGAUGAGGAGGGCAGGAGGAGGAAGAAGAAGAAGAAGGAAAAGCGAAUAAAGACGGAGCUUCCAGACGAUGUGGAUGCGCUGGUCAGGGUCAAAACAGAGCCAGCGAUGGCACUCAGGGAUGAAAUGAUGGCGGAACGGUUUCCUUUCGAGGAGGACACUGCCUUAGAUGAAAGGAGGAAGAAGAAGAAGAAGAAGAAAGAUCGGGAACGGGAGGAGGUGGAGGAGGGGCUGGAGCCCAGCGUCCGAGUCAAACAGGAGGAGGUGACGGUGAAAUGUGAACCUGUAGACACUUCGUACGGCGACGGGAUGGAUGGCAAGAAGAAGAAGAAGAAGAAAAAGAAAAACAAAACCGAUGACGAUUAACGGUGUUGACGUAACAUAGAACAGACUUUGGGUUGACGUGUGGACGGUUGAACUCCUCUGUCAGGUUUGUUUUAGUUCAGUAUGUGUUCAAAGUCCAGUCCAUCCUGUUUCUGCAGGUGAAUCAGAACCACUGGUGGAGACGGUCAAUAAACAGUUUGAUAUUUCCUGUGUC